GAGACAUGCAGUGUUUGCUGUGAAUCAGAGUGCUGUAUGAAUAAACCAUGUCACAAAUCGCCCUUUGCUUCCUGUAAUCCUUUAACUAAAGCCCACUGACUGGAGCUGCAUGUGGUUACUGAUUGAUGGCCGGAGCUCAGUGGACACUCUCAGGGCUGCAGUCAGCGUGAUCCUGUCCCAUGGCUUCUGCUGCCUAUUACUUGGGCUUUGACUUCAGCACUCAGCAGUUGAAGGUUAUUGCUGUCAAUGAAGGAUUCCAAGUUGUCUAUGAGGACAAUGUUCACUUUGAUAAAGAUCUUCCUGAAUUUGGGACACAAGGUGGGGUCCAUGUCCAUAGUGACAAGCUGACCGUAACUUCACCCGUCUUAAUGUGGGUUAAGGCUUUAGAUUAUAUCUUAGAGAGAAUGAAGUCUUCCGGGUUUGAUUUUUCCAAAGUGAAAGCUUUGUCGGGGACAGGCCAGCAACAUGGCAGCGUGUAUUGGAAAGAAGGCUCCAGAGCUGUUCUCAAUGGUUUACUAUCUGAACUUCCUCUGCACACUUCACUGCAGUCUUGUUUCUCUAUCUGUGAUAGUCCUGUCUGGAUGGACUCUAGUACAAGUGCAGAGUGCCACCAGCUUGAAAAGUCUGUUGGCGGUCCACAAGAACUAGCUAACAUUACUGGAUCAAGAGCAUAUGAGCGUUUCACAGGAAAUCAGAUCUCCAAGAUUUACAAACAGAAACCAGAAGCAUACUAUGAAACUGAGAGAAUAUCUCUGGUCAGCAGUUUUGCAGCAUCGUUGUUUAUUGGGGACUACGCUCCUAUUGAUUACAGUGAUGGUUCUGGAAUGAAUUUAUUAGACAUUGGUAAAAAGACUUGGAAUGAGAAGUGUCUUGAAGCUUGUGCACACCGCCUCAGAGAGAAGCUAGGCCCAGUUGUUCCAUCAAGCACUGUACUGGGGACUGUUUCUGCAUAUUUCAUCCAGCGGUUUGGAUUUCAUUGUGAUUGUCACGUAGUUGCAUUCACUGGGGAUAAUCCAGCAUCCUUGGCAGGAAUGAGACUUGAAGAAGGUGAUAUAGCAGUGAGCCUUGGCACAAGCGACACUCUUUUUCUUUGGAUUCAAGAGCCUACGCCUGCUCUGGAGGGGCACAUAUUCUGCAACCCAGUACAUUCUCAGGAUUAUAUGGCUUUACUUUGUUUUAAAAACGGCUCCCUCAUGAGAGAGAAAAUCAGAGACAAGUGUUCAUCCGGCUCCUGGGAAGAGUUUGCUCAAGUGAUGAGAUCGACCCCCCCUGGAAACAAUGGUUGUCUAGGUUUUUAUUUUGAUGUUAUGGAAAUCACUCCACGAGCAGUUGGUAUUCACAGGUUCAACAGUGAAAAUCAGAAGGUGUCAGAAUUUACAAAUGAUGUGGAAAUCCGAGCUCUUAUCGAGGGACAGUUCAUGGCUAAGAGGAUCUAUGCAGAGCGACUUGGGUAUAAAAUAAUGCCACAGACAUGUGUACUGGCCACAGGUGGUGCUUCAAGUAAUCAGGAUAUUUUACAGGUCUUAUCAGACAUAUUCAAUGCUCCAGUGCACACCAUUGCCACCGCUAACUCUGCCUGCCUGGGGUGUGCCUAUCGAGCAGCUCAUGGUCUUGCUCUGAAGUCAUCACCCACUUCCUUUGCAGAUGUGUUCCCACCAGCUCAGCGCAAGUUAGUUGUUACUCCAAGACCUGAUGCAGAGAAGAUUUACCAGCCUCUUCUGAAGCGUUAUGCUGAAUGCGAGAGGAAAGUAACUGAGGAGACUAGAAACAUAUGAAGAUUUCAGCAAG